AUGGCCAUACUUCCAGAAGUUACAGCCCCUGAAAGAAAGGUACCCUUUCGACAAAAAAUUUUGUGGACAGCUGUUACGCUCCUUAUUUUUUUAGUGUGUUCACAAAUUCCAUUAUAUGGCAUAAUGUCAUCUGAUUCAUCUGAUCCUUUAUAUUGGUUACGUGUAAUUCUUGCUUCGAACAGAGGUACACUGAUGGAAUUGGGUAUAACACCUAUUGUAACAUCGGGAAUGAUUAUGCAACUUUUAGCUGGAGCAAAUUUGAUUGAGGUUGAUUUCAGUUUGAAAGAAGAUAGAGCAUUGUUCAGCGGUGCUCAGAAACUUUUUGCAAUGGUUUUCGCUUUUGGUCAAGCUACAGUAUCUGUGAUGACUGGAUUGUAUGGCAAUCCGUCAGAAAUCGGAGCUGGUGUUUGUCUAUUGCUUAUCAUUCAAUUAGUUUUUGCCGGUCUCAUCUCUAUGUUGUUGGAUGAACUUCUUCAAAAAGGCUAUGGUCUAGGAUCUGGAAUUUCACUUUUUAUCGCUACAAAUAUUUGUGAGUCAAUAGUUUGGAAAGCAUUUAGUCCAACGACUGUUAACACAGGGCGUGGACCCGAAUUUGAAGGAGCUUUGGUUGCAUUGGUUUAUCUAGUUUUCACUCGUAAUGAUAAAACUCGUGCACUGAAAGAAGCAUUUUAUAGAACAAACUUACCAAAUGUCAUGAAUUUAAUAGCAACUGGGGUAGUUUUUGCUAUUGUCAUCUAUCUUCAAGGUUUCCGUGUUGAAAUUCCUGUUAAAUCGAAUCGUUUUCGCGGUCAAUAUGGAACUUAUCCAGUCAAAUUGUUUUAUACUUCAAAUAUGCCCAUCAUGCUUCAAUCCGCUCUUACCUCUAAUGUUUUCUUGAUUUCACAAAUGUUAUAUAAUCGUUUCCCUGAUAAUUUACUUGUUAGACUUUUAGGUGUUUGGACUGUGACCAUUUGA